AUGGGCCAAGCCCCUUCUCAGACGCGGCGGAGGCGGACGCACGAGGAACUGACACAGGAGCUUGCAUACAGAUUCAAGGAAAAGUGCUUUACAUCGCUGGAGUACUACUCACUGAAAGAUGUAUUCAAGAACCUGGCCGACCAGCAGGGCGACAUACGGUACCUCAAGGAGGACACCAUAGCUCGCUUCCUCGAGAUUCCAGACAUCCUCGGGGCCUCGCCGGUCAUCUUCCACAUGAUUUCAUAUCUGGGUGCCUUCCCCUUCCUGCAGGAGGCCCCGGUGGUGCUCGAGCUGCCGCAAUUGAUCAUGGUCGUUGUCAUCAUGACGGAGCGGUAUAAGCGCGUGCUUGCAAAGGGUUCAACAGACAGAACGAAACUCUUCUUCAAGAGCCUGGCCGUGUAUGACCGGAAAGUGAUGGAGGCCGAUUCUACCCCGCGGGAUUCCGCUUUUAAGGACGAUGCCGCGAAGCCAAGUGCCCAGUCUAGGGGCUUCGCAAUUGACCAGCCGAUGGACGAGGACGAGGAGGAUGACGAUGAUGAUCUUGUCAUUACGGCAUUUGAGCUGCUCGACAUUAACGAGGCCGCCAAGCACGGGGAGGCCGCUGGUAUUCACGAGGCGAUUAUUCCGACGGACAACUUUCGCAAACUGAUCAUGCUGCUGCUGCUGAUUGCGCCACUGGAUCCUCAGGAGAGUCUAUCGCAAUAUUCAAGCCGGGUCGCGGGCCAGGAACUUGAAUCGCUGCGAGCCACAGCAGAGUGUGUACUGGCGUCCUUUGUCAACGUUGAGACAUCUCCAGGCAUUGGAUAUACCCGAUUCAAGACUGUCAUUCCGGUCCUAUUUCCCAACCUAUUCGCAGGCUUUAAUGGCCUCUUUGAGCACUUCCUCUUCUCCAAGGAUCUCGAUUUCUCAAAGCACAAGGUUGAAAAGCCUGGUGAUGAGCAGCUUAUCAUUGGCAAGAUUGCGCAACCUCUACUACCAACACCUGGCGACAUCUUGACCGAGCAUACCCUGUCGCAACUCUCACUGUUUCUACCUGGUUCUUCGUUAUUUCGACGGGUGAGAUUGCUAUAUUCGGGAAACGAAGCCGGAUUUUCAAUGGGCAGCCUCCAUUCUAAAAUUUUCAACUGGAGAGCACCAACUAUCCUUCUGGUCAGCGGGACGAGGUUAGCAGACGUCCCCGAGGGAGGCCAAGAAGCAUCAUUCGCCUCUUCGCUUCCGACGAAACGGUUCCCUCACGGCAGUAAAUCCGAACGCGUGACGUUCGGCGUCUACGUCCGAGAGCCAUGGAAGCACACUCACAAAGAGUGCUUUGGCGAUUCGGAAACGGUCCUGUUCCAACUGGAACCUAUCCACGAUGUCUUUCCUGCCUCCACAAUCAAUACAGACUACAUCACUUUCACGAAACCACCUGGCAAUCGACCGUGUCUCGCCUUUGGUUGCCCUCAUCCCAAGCCGACUCAGUCGCAUCGCAAGGAGGGCAUGCAUGCUUUAGGAGCUGUGUCUCUGCUGUUCGACGAGUCUUUCGAGUUCGGAGUGUUCAACCAUGACUACAAGUCGAGAGGCGGUGCUUUCCACACCAGCAUCGUGAGAAAAUAUGACUUUCAGGACCGAUUUCGGAUCGAUAACCUGGAAGUUUGGGGAUGCGGUGGUGACGAGGAGGCCAAGGCGCAAGCCGAGAGAUGGGCCUGGGAAGAACGCGAAGCGGAAGCCCGUCGCAGGAUCAACCUGGGGACGGGGGACAUUGAGGCGGACAGGGCAUUGCUGGAGAUGGCCGGGCUUGUAGGAGGGAAUCGCAGCGGCGGUUCAAUGGGUUGA